AUGAGGUUUCCCAAUGUUCCAAGUAUUGUUCUCCUCCUCGCCUCCGUCCUCUCUGUAGAGGCUGGUCCUCUUCCAGCCAGUGGCGUUCAAUCCAGAGGGUCUGUUCAUGGCUUAUUCCCCCCAAUCAUAACGGAAGGCAAGGGAGCUGUCGAAGAACGAGAUUCCGUUAUUUCAGGAGCAUCAGAUGAGUCACCUGCAGUGGAAAGGAGUCUUUCCAUUCACGACAAGCGAGGGUAUGUUCAAGGUCCAACAUCACCGCGAGGUCCCACUGGUCCUCAUAAACAAAAUCGGGAAUAUGAUCUUUCUCUUUAUGCCUCUCUCAUUUACUGACCUCAUCUCGUUCAGUGUGUCCAACGCCUCACCGCCUGAUGCUCUUCAACAGCGGGGGUGGAUCGAAAAGCCGAAGUCACCACCCUCUAUUCCUCAUAAGCGGGCUUCUGAACCUCGCUCACGGCCUGUCCAUCCAAUAGAUGGAGAACACAACAAGCGAGGUGGUGGUGAUGGAGAGGAAUCGUUAAUUAGGGCAAGGACUAUAGUUGAAAGGCAAAAGCCGACGCCGCCUCCAAAGUCUCCAAAUCCUCUUAUCAUCCACACACCCAAUAAUAAGAGGACGCUCACGUUUUACCUCUCAAGGGAUAAACGGUCGGAUGGUGAGGGACCAGAGGAUACUAUUGAGGAAAGAAAUCCAGGAAAGGGAGUUUUUGGCAGGGGGCCUGCGAAAGAACCAAAAAAGCCUGCGAACCCUCUUAUUAUACAUGGUAGCUCUAAGAGGACGGUCACGUCUUACCUUUCAACGGACAAACGGUCGGAUGGUGAGGGACCAGAGGCUACUAUUGAGGAGAGAAAUCCAGGAAAGGGAGUUUUUGGCAGGGCGCCUGCGAAAGGACCAAAAAAGCCUCCGAACCCUCUUAUCAUCAGCAGCCACUCUAAGAGGAAGGCCACGUCUUACCUUUUACCGGACAAACGGUCGGGUAGUCUCCAAGUCCCCAAGGGACCAGGUGUUACAAUUGGGGAGAGAAAUCUAGAAGAGGGAGUCUUUGGCAGGGCAGAUGCGUCUAAGCACUCUGCAAAAACUGGAAACCCCCUCAUUAUCCGCUCCGAGUCGAAAAUCGCGUCUGCUCUUUCAUCGGUCAAGCGGUGGAAUGGUCUUUUUGCUAUUGAGAAGAGAGACCCAGGAAAGGCCAAUCCAGACACGCCAACGCUUCCACUGAGUCAUGAUGGGAGGGAAAAACGGUGGAAUGGCCUUAUUGCUAUUGCGAAGAGAGGUUCAGCAAAGCCAAAGCCGGACAAGGCUCCCCCUGACCAUCAGAAACGGUGGAAUAAUCCUCUACAACUUCGCGAGGCAUCUGAUAUUACUGUUAAGAAGAGAGAUCCAGCACCGGGAAAACCAGACACACCAAAGCUUGAACCUUACAAUCCGGGGGAAAAACGAUGGAAUAGUGCCUUUGAACCUCUGAAUAUCGAGAAGAGGGUGCCCUCAGAUAAAGAAAAAGUGGACCCAGGGAAAAUUGAUCCCGAUGUACCUGGCCACCACAAGAGGGCGCCCGCUGAUGUCGCUGUUGGGAAAAGAACCCCUCUGCCUGGUCAACACACUAAGAUAGGACAGCCUAAGCCGGGUAAGAGGUCGAAUAGCCUUCUCGAAAGCCGUGAGGGUUCUCUUGUGCCUGGCCAACACCCCAAGAUAGGACAGCCUAAACCGGGGAAGAGGUCGAAUAGCCUUCCCGAAAACCGUGACGAAUAA